GGCUAACUUGGUGAUGGAGGUUUCCUUAAACUCAACUGACAAAGCCGGGCUAGAAAUCCAUCGAGUUGAUGAAAGAUAUGAAAAAAAUGACCUGGCUAAGAAUUUGGCGUCAUUGGUUCAAGAAUCUUAUGAAGUUUCCAACAAAGAAUCAAAACCAAAAACCCGUGUGGAGAUCAAAAGGUUUCUUGAGAUGCGAAUAAAGAAGAAGGUGAAAGCACAAUACAGGAAUGAGAAGUACCACGACCUCAUGAUGAAAGUGAUUGCUGAUCCCAGCACUCUAAAGGAUGCAUAUGAUUGUAUAAGAUUGACCUCUAAUGUUGAUUUGGCAUUAGAUGGUGAUGACUUGCCCUUUUCGGCCAUUGCGGAAGAACUAGCUGAUGGAAACUUUGAUGUUGGGGCCCAUACGUAUUCAAUGCGGUCGAAAGGGCCAAAGUUCAAGAAAGAGGAACUUGUUUUACCAGAACUAAAGUUAAGGGUUGUUCAAGAAGCCAUUAGAAUAGUCUUGGAAGUUGUCUACCGCCCUCACUUCUCUAGAAUUUCGCACAGUCUACGAAGUAAUAGAGAUCAUUGGUCAGCGCUGAAGUAUAUCUGCAAAGAGAUACCUGAUCCGGACUGGUGGUUCACUUUGCCUAUUAACAAAAAUCUUGAUGACAGCAUCCUUCAAAAACUCCUGUCAUCAAUGGAGGGCAAGAUAGAAGAUCCUGUUUUAUGUGAUAUUAUAAAGGAUAUGUUUAAAGCCAGGGUGCUCAAUGUAGAGUUUGGAUCUUUUCCUAAAGGGCAUGGUCUUCCACAAGAAGGGGCCCUUUCACCUAUAUUGAUAAACAUAUAUCUUGAUCUCUUUGACCGUGAGGUGUACAGGAUGUCAAUGCACUACGAGACUUCACACACUCUUGGGUUUGAAGAACAGAAGAUGCACUCAAAGCUCCGUGGCUGGUUUAGGAAACAGAUAAGCGGCAGUAGUUUGCAACAACGCGAUUCUGGAAUGGACUCAGGGGUAAGGAUUCAUUGUUGUCGCUUUAUGGAUGAGGUCUUUUUUGCCUUUUCCGGUUCCAAAGAAGUCGCGUUGGCAUUCAAGUCUGAAAUUGAAGGGUUCUUAAAGAAUUCUCUCUACUUGGAGGUAGAUGAUAAAUCUGAUAUUUUAGCAUCCAAUGAUCCACGUGGUGUUAUAUUUCUUGGUACUUUGGUCAGAAGGCACGUGAAAGAGACUCCCGCUUUACGAGCUGUUCACAAGUUGAAGGACAAAGUCAAGAUAUUUGCUGAACAGAAACAAGAGUCUUGGGAUGCAGGAGCUCUCAGAAUUGGGAAGAAGUGGCUGGCUCAUGGACUCAAAAAGGUUAAAGAGUCGGAGAUAAAACAAUUAGCUGAUACUAGUUCCAUUUUACAUAAAAUUUCCUACUAUCGUAGAUCUGGGAUGAAAACAGACCACUGGUACAAGGUGCUGCUGAAAAUUUGGAUGCGGCAUGUAAAUGCUAAAAGUGUAGGGAAUGAAGAAAAACUGUUAACUAAGCUUGUUGUAGAACCGGCUCUUCCACAAGAACUAAGAGAUGCUUACUUCGAGUUUCAGAAACGAGCUAAAGAAUAUGUUGAUUCCGAGUCAUCUUCGACACUCGCACUUUUAACCGGCUCCAGUUCUUCACCUAAACCUCUUUUUACAACAGAAACUGUUGUCCCACUAAACGUCUUAAUGAAACGUCUUCAUCGCUAUGGAUUGACUAAUAGGGAGGGAUAUGGUCGGCCAUGCUACGUACUAAUCUUACUGGAUCACGAUCAAAUCAUUGAUUGGUUUACAGGGAUACUCCACCGCUGGCUAAGAUGGCACAGGGGAUGCAACAACUUUAAUGAAGUGAAGCACUUAAUCUGUGAUCAAGUAAGAAUGUCAUGCAUCCGAACACUAGUUGUGAAGUAUAGGAUUCACGAGUCGGAUAUUGAGAAGAAAUUUGAUUCAGAGCCGAGCAGAAUCCCCUCAACGGAAGAUAUUGAACUUGAGGAAGCAAUCACGGAACUGAUUCCUCCGGAAUAUAACUUUGAUGGCGCCUUAAUGUAUGGAAUACAAUACAGUGGUUUAUGUUCAUUGUCUUUGGCUAGAAUGGUGAGUGAGUCCCGCCCUUGCUAUUGUUUCGUCAUAGGGUGCUCAGCCUUAGUCUCAUGUGUUUAUACUCUUCAUGUAAUGGAAAGACAAAAAUUUCCAGCUUGGAAGACUGGAUUUUCAAGUUGUAUACAUCCCAGCUUACACAGGAGAAGAAUAGGAUUAUGUAAAAAGCAUGUGAAAGAUUUGUUUCUUGGAAACAUAUCACUUCAAUCAAUAGGAUUUGGUACUUGGAGGUGAA